UUUUUGAGUAUUCAUUUGCUUUCAUUUUCUCUCUAAUCACUUUCUUAUCCAAAAGUAUAACUAUACUGAAUACCUCCUAAAAUAAACGCAGCUGUUCUUUAUCGCACUUGAUUCCAUAGCAGGUAGCUUACUAUCAAACAACUUGCGAGUGCUUCUGCCAAUGCCCCCCGAAAACAACAGGUGGGAGCCUUACUAUCAACAACAUGAUCAAGGUCGUAAUCAUGUAUUCAACGGCCAUGGCCAUGACCCAGAAACACCUUGUAUUUGGGAAACGAUGGAAAGUUAUCAAAGAGAAUGGUCAUUCCCAGCAUUCUCCCGAGCCAUUGAAUCUGUUCCAUACGACUUUCCUCCACAUGAAGAUGGAGAGCAAUGCAUCUACGAAAUAAUAGCUUGGGAGAACUGUUCUUGGGAAACCCCAGCGGAAAAUCCAAAUGAUGAUCAUAUCGGGUUUUGCGUCGUUGGGUUUACAAGGCCUUGUAAAUAUUGGAAGCCUGAUCAAUUGGGACCGCGUACUUGUUGUGACUUUGGAAUGAUAUUUGUUUUGAAGGAACCAGUGAGGGAGGGAUAUUGUCUUGGAGAGAAUUGUCCAGAAGGUGUGGGGAGAAAGAGCUUCCCCUUUAUUGACUACCUGACUUCGUUUUAUUAUGGGCAUUGUCGCGUGGAGUUACAAGACGAAAAUGAACGGCUUCAUUUAUUGAAAGCAGAGAGAGCGGUGGGGAAGGAUGUGCGUUUCGCAUGGAAAAAUGCAGAUGGACCUGGUUAUAAAUCCUUUGAGAAUGAGAGGGUACAAUAUAAUUUUGGGUGGAACGGACGCAUGAUAGUCCCUAAGCCGGUUAAGAGUCAUGUGCCGAGUGACAGUCCGUCGCCGUGGUGAUCCUAAAAGAGCUGGAUCAAAACCGAAUACGAUAUUAUGGACAUGAACUUUUGUUAAGACUCUUCGCGGAUGUUGUGGUUGCAUUAUGAGCAGGCGGAUGGAUGCGAUUUACGAUGUUGUAAAGACGAACCCAGAGAUACGAGUAUUAUGUUCGCGGGAUUCCGGAAGUAUGGGAUUGUAUAGAUGGUUUGAUUUUCGGGAUCGUGCGUACAUUGGGAUAUUGCCGUUGGCAUUCUUCAGACAAUUGAAUAACCCGCAAAAAUGUAUGGAGUUUGUUUGGUUUGAAGCAGCCGAGAACCUCCUGGUUCUUUUCUUCCUGCCAAUAAAGUUAUGCAAUAUGGCUAAAUGACUGAAUUUCUGCAUGUCCUGCUCUCAAAAUGGUUUUCUUUAUCUUCAGUGCUUCACGAUAUCUUUGAAGUAGGAUGAAGCGCAAUCUUAACUGAUAUCAAGGGCCAUUGCCUCCGAGGACACUCGACUUCGGAAUUGGUAAAAGUUUAUGAAUCAAGAUUUGCUCAGCAUCUUUGACUCCUAACCCAGAUCAUCAUACUGAUUAUGGCUGCACUGCCCAGAACACUCGUGCAUACCAUCUUCAUCAUCACUCAAAGAUCCCAAAUAAAAU